GUAUAUAAAUAUCGAUAUUAAACGAAAACGUUUACUUUGUUCGCUAGCUAGGUGGCUAAUGCUAGCAGGCUGUUCGGUGUUAUUAGUUCUAUAGCGACCGUAAACAACAACAAACCCGCUGACUGUUACAGUUCAUCCAAACUCUCUCUGUACACCACAUAUAACAAAUUAUGAGGUAAAUCUCCACAGACCGGUGGCUUUAGUGAUACUGGACGGUACUGAGCUGCUUGACAAAGUCAUGUCUGCUGGACCAGCUGUGAGUGGGCCCACACAGGGUAACCACGAACGAAGCAGAGAUCGAACAAAACGCAAGGGUGGUGGACAGAGUAAAGCGCCUCCACGUUCCUCUCAGCGUCACACAGCAAAUCGAUCUAAUCAGGGCAUUGUUGAGGAAAUCAACAGACUGACGGAAGUAACCGAUCAGCUACAAAACAAAGAACAAGGCAUUAAUAAAGAGGAAGAACUGAGAUGGAGGAUCAACCUGUUGGAGAAAGAGAAGCUGGAGGUGACAUCCAAGUGCAAUCAGGAGGUGGCAUGUAGUGAGGCUCAGCUCGCUCGCUGUCGUGCCCUGCUGGAAAGAGGAGAGGCUCAAAGGCAGACACUCGAGUAUGAGCUUGCCGUGAUGAAAAGAGAUGCUGCGGCUCAGAAUAAACGUUUGGAGGACAAAAUAGCCGAUCUAAUCAAACACAACCAGCAGCUGGAAGGCCUCAGUGCGGAGCUGCGUCAGAGGGCCUCUGAUCUGCUGAAAGCUCUGGAAAUCACUCAGCUGGCUCGAAACGAGGAUGAGCAGAGAGUCCACGUGGAGCUGCGUGAAAGGGAUCAUCUGAUUUACAGCAUUAAUACAGAGAAAGAACAGAUACAGGAGGAGAAAAGACAGCUAGACACACUGCUGCAGGAGCAGAAGGACACCCUGCAAGAUCUGAGGGACAGAAUGGACAGAGUGCAAAAAGAGAGGCAGCGGGACGCAGAGCAGCUCAGAGUGAAAACAUCGGAACUGAGGCACAGUGUGGAUCGUGAGGAGAAAGUGAGGAAGGAGGUGAAGGCAGUCAUGCAGAGAGUAAAGACGCUGGAGGAGAGUGUGGAGUCAGAGAGAGCUGCUCACAUGGAGUUGAAGGUCAAUGCUGAAGUCCUGCAGGUGCGUCUCAAAGAUGCUGAAGCCGCUCUCUCAAUAGAGAAGAAAAACCAGUCGGAUGCUUCGAUCAGUCUUGAGCUACUAAAGCAGAAAUUUGGAGAAUUGGAGAAAGCACACACACAUGAGAAAGAACGGGCCAACACAUCACAACAUGCACUGCAACAGCUGGAGAAGGAACAUCUCCACACCAAAAGCGAUCUAACUGGUCAGCUGGAUAAAAUGAAGAAUGCAUCAGCUGAUCUGGUUGGUCAAUUGGAAAGGGAGAAGGCGGAGUCCGCUAACCUGAUGAGUCAAUUAGAGAAAGGAAAAGCAGAGUCAUCUAAUCUGAUGGAUCAGUUAAAGAGCGAGAAAGCUGAGUCAGCUAUGCUGAUGAAUCAUUUGGAAGAGGAGAAGGCAAAGUCAACUAAGCUGAUACUCAGACUGCAGGAAUGUGAACGAGCGCAGACAGAGAGCCAACAGGAAGUCAGCCUGAAUCAACAAAGACUGUUGUUUUUGGAGGAGGCAUAUAAAAGCCUUCUGAAAGAUAUGGAACAGCUAUUGGAGCGUUACCACCAACAGGGGGCGCCACACAACAACAGUGCAGGGGUUGAAGAUAAACGCAGCCCAUCUACUCUGAUGGAUAGUCUAAGAGCAACAUUACACCAGUAUCACACAGAGACAAAGGACUUGUUAAAGGUGGUGAAUGUCCUGAAUGAGGAGAGCAAAGAGAAAGAGAAUAUAAUCACUCAACAGAAAAGACACAUCCAGGAUUGUGAGGUGCAGGUUGCGUGUCUAAGAGAGGAGUCCGAGCGUCUGCGCGCAAACGCCGCAGACGCAUCUGCCGCCACAGAUCGAGCACAGAGAGAAUUACACAGGAUCACGUACUGUUUGGAGAAGGAGAAGAAAGAGCUCGCAGACACAACAACACACAUGCAUAUUCUCACACAGGAGCACAAAAAGGAGCAACAGGAGCAGCUGACUUUCCUGCACUCUUUGUAUCAGCGGCUUGUUGCUGGAUAUGUGUUUGUGGCCCCGGCCCAGGACAUGAUUGGUAGCUUUUCAUGGGCCGAGCUUAGCGCCAUGCUGCAGGAGCAUGCAGAUGCACUGGCGUCAGACUUUAAGUCAAUGAAUCAGAAGAUCUCGCUUUUGGAGAGUAUGUGCGAAGGGAAGGCAGCAGCCUUGACUAGUGUGUGCGAGCAGCUGAAGCAGAGAGAAGAGAGCUGGAUUAAACAGAGAGAGGAGCUGGACUCACACCACACACGCCUAGUUAAUGAACUUCAUACCAAAUCUCAGGAUUUGAGGAGUCGUUUAAAUCAGGCUGAAGAGAGCCUCCGUGUUUCUGAGCACUCUCAAUCCGCUCUUCAUCUGGAAGUGAACCGUCUGCAGGACCUGAUUCACGCACGUCGGCGUGAUGACGAGUCUCUGUUGGCAACAUGUGCCCUGCUGGCAGGUUGUGUAAGCCAUCUCCACACGCGCGUCUGUGCACUUAAGGAUCAGAAAGCCGUGUUGCAUCGGUGUGUGCGCGACACGGAGGCUCUGAAAGGAGAGGUGAGCGCUUUACUGCAUGCGCUUAGCAACCCGGAGGUUAAAGGUCACGCAGCAGUCAGACAGGGUGUGUGGAGGUUUCGGUCAUGUGCGAUCGCCGUGAUGGCUGCUGUGCGACUCCGAACACUCCACAAGACCUCACACACUUUGUUCAGGCUGGAUGGAGGAGUGUGUGUAAAAGAGCUGAGGUUGAGCGAGGGAUCGGAGCGAAGAGACGAGGAGGCGAAGAUGUCGAUGCUGAGGUCCUCUGAGCUUAGUGCGAUCAUACACAGCUGCAUGCACGGUGUGCAGAAAGAACUGGGGAAAACAGAGCACACUGUUUCAGCCCUAGCUUCAGCUCGCGUCAGCUUUACUAAGCUGAUGGAGAGACUGCUGCCCGAGUCCGAGUCACUUCAUCAGGGUUGCUACGGAGGCGUUGGGACCUUGGCGUGGCAGUUGGGUCAAGGACUAAACAGACUUCGCAAAAUAAAUCACUUCCCACUGAGAAUAGACACCAAUAAGCUCAUGCUCUCUGCACUGCAGCAGCACUUCCUGGCGUAUACAAAGCGUUUACACUCUGCCGAGGUGGAAAGGAGGGACCUGAGGAUCGAACUUGCACGUCUAAGAUGCAGCAAAAUGCAGCACAGUAGCAAGUCCAAGGAUGGCACAAACUCCCAGAGGGAGCCUAAGAACAACAACCACAGAGCAUGCGUUCCUAUAGAGCAGUUCCGCAGUGUUUGUUCGGAGUUGAGCUCGGCUCUGCAGAGAGAGCAGCAAGCUCAGAGUCUCCUGCAUGAACAGGCCACCCAGCUUCAUGAGCUUGGUCUCACCAUGGAGCUACAUACUGGAGAACAGCUGGAGAAGGACCACACACUUGCUCAGGCCGUACAGAGUUUGACUAAAGCAAAGGCAGAGCUUAAAAGAAAGGACCAGUCUCUGUGUUUAUUUGAAAAACAGCUGCGUCAGUCACAUCAAGAGAACCAGCAGCUACAGGAAACUAUCAAGAGAGCAGAGGAGUCACUACGAAUUUCAUCCAAUAAUCAUUCGGAUUUUACAUCAUGUCCCAGUUUGAAGGUGAUCAGAUCAGAUUAUCCUCCCGUUUCAUCUCAUGAAGCUGAGGUGCAUCAUCAGGUGCCAGCUGUCUCAGAGACUCUCAUCAAACAGAAAACCAUCCCUGGGAACACGCUGCCUAUUCGAAAGAAAUCACUUACACGUAAGAAAAGCAAAGCUGUGAGAAAAAAGGUCUAACAUCACCGCUUUAAAAGCAGCCUACUUAGAAAACACUACUUUAAAUGUAAUUUAUUAUUAUUAAACAUAAUGUUCACUGUGCUUUAGUUAUAAAGAAGAAUGUGGUGUGUCUUAUGGCUACAUACUGAAUAACACUUUUUUUUUUUUUUUUUUUUUUAAUAAAAGUAAACAAAAUGGAACGGUAAAGAUGCAUUUUCUAUAUCAUUUUUUAAAACCAUUGUGUACACCAGUAUAUAUCAGCCAAAUCAUUACGACCAUAUGGCCAGCGCCCCAAAAGUCUUGGCGGAAAGUGUAACAAAAUAGUGCAGUCCAAAUGGACCUAGGUCAAACUCAUUUUACAUGUGCAUUAUGGUGGCCCUCAAAGGGCCGAUUGUAAUGUAUCCUGCUGUGAUUGCAGUCUGCCUUUUAAGUCUUGGACAAUUUGUUGUUCUUCUUGGAGUCUAAAUUCUGCCAAAUGUAUACUGUAUAUUUAUAAUGUAUAUCUACAUUUAUAUUGUACUCUUUUACCACAUACACAGCCUCAUCUUUCAUUAAAUUCUCUUCCUUCUGCUUCAA